AUGAAUAAUAAUGACGAGACAGUGACGAAAUCACAUUACAAUCAAAUCAUUGACAUAAUGGACUCGCAGGAUAAUAAUGACACUAGUAAUGAAGUACUUGACAACGCUUUACUUUUGCAGGAAUCGACCACUGUAGCUGAAUUUGAAAAUAACGGUAUCGUUGGAGUUUUGACCGUUGGCAAUGAAUCAGUACAAUUCUCUUCCACAAGUGGACCGGCUGUUUCUCCACCAACCACUACUACCACUGCAGCAUCAUCAUCUCGAACUUCCGUUGUUCUACAAAAUUCUAUGAAAAUCGCUUUCUCCUAUCGUCAAGAAACAAAUGAUCGAGUUAAAGUAAUCAGUGAAUUGGUUCAUAAUCAAAUUGCUACUCCCGACUCUCCUCAACCAGUAUUCUAUGCACCUAACUUUCAAGCUGCUUUGGCUCUUAUUGAUGGAGGAAAAGUUUUGCGACGUAUCUAUGAAGGAGCGUCAUUAGUCGUCGUUUUUCUAUCACCAACAUAUCAUAACUCUCGCUUUUGCUAUCAAGAAUGGCGAGCAAUAAAAAAUCGUUUCAUGAUUGGUGGUGAUGAUCACGAAUAUGAAAGACUUCUUCUUAUCAAAUUGGGUGAUUUUGAUGCGACUAAACUUGGCCUUUACGAUGAUGAUUUCUAUAUUGAUGCAACAAAACUCAACGACGAGGAAGUAGCUGGAAUCAUUAUGGAACGAUGGCAUUUAGUGAAGAAAAUCUUUCAAACAUAA